AUGAUACUUCCUCCAGACCCUUGCACAGUGCAACCCAGGUUUAAAAAAGAAGACCCCAUAAGAGUUAGAAAAAAAGGCCUUGAAAGUGGAGAAUUCUCCGAAGGAAACCUAGCUUCACCUUCAUCUACGGUUUUCUCAGAUAAAUUUCUCAAUAGAGGUGGUGAAUGUGCUCCUCCAAAAAGAAAUUCUGCUAUUGACUUAUGUCCGCCUAGAGAGGUGUCUGAUUUUUGUGCCAAGAUAAGUGUCAGCAUUUGGAGUGUUAGGAAAAGUGUCCCGUUGAAAGAAGUGUCUACAGUUUCUGGGAGCAUCAAAAAAUUCAAUAAUAGUAGAUUUUAUAAAGACCCUUCGUUGUACAUCGAAUAUAAAGCAGUGAUUGAUGAAUACUUCAAAUUGGGAAUUGUGGAGGAAGUAAGUGAUACUCGCGAUACAGGUCAUCCUACGUAUUAUUUACCACAUUCUCCCGUUAUCAGGAAAGAUAAAAGCACAACCAAGUUGAGAAUUGUGUUUGAUGCCUCAUCGCAUCCCCCUCAUGCCCCAUCACUAAAUUAUUUGCUACACUCUGGUCCUAAUCUAAACCCAGAUCUUUUAAAUUUAAUUCUUUCAUUUCGAUUCCACAGAAUCGCAUUUGUUGCAGAUAUAGAAAAGGCAUUUUUAAAUAUUGGACUUUCGGAGAAUGAUCGCGAUGUAGUUCGGUUUUUGUGGAUAGACGAAUUAUUAAAUGAUAUAACUCAAAUUAAACUAAAGGUUUGUAGACUAUCAAGGGUUCUUUUUGGCGUUACAGCUAGUUCCUUUUUGUUAGCAGCUGUUAUAAGAUAUCACUUACAUCAGUAUUCUAAUUUAUACCCAGUAACAAGUUUAAUGUUAAGAGAAUCAAUGUACGUUGAUGAUUUGCUUUCCGGUGCUUCAAAUGAAGAAAAGGCUCUCCAAUUGUCUAAAGAAUCGAAAUUUAUAAUGGAAGAUGCAGGUAUGAGAUUGAGAAAGUGGAAGAGUAAUUCAUUAACCCUGGAAAGUAAAUGGAAUAAUUUGGGAUUUGAUACCGGUACUUGUGAACAAUCUGAUGUAUCUUUAAAGGUGUUAGGACUUUUAUGGGAUUCACAAAAUGAUAAUUUUAAAUUUGAUACUUCUAGUUUAAUACAAUUUAUUAAGGAAUCAGAUGGCACUAAACGAACGUUAAUUAGAGCUGCAGGAAGAAUCUUCGAUCCUCUCGGAUUUAUCUCCCCUUACACAGUUCGUGUAAAAGUACUUUUCCAAGAAUUAUGGGAACGUGGAGUUCAUUGGGACGAGAAAUUGCCCGAAGAUAUUGCUCAGGAAUGGAAAAAAUGGCAUGAAGAAUUGUCAUUAGUCAAUAAUUUGAAAAUGCCCAGGCAUUGUUUCGGACAGACUGAAUUUGAAAAUUUAAGAAACAUAAAGGUUCACUGUUUCACUGACGCCAGUGCAAAAAUUUAUGGUUCAGUUAUAUUUAUUCGUUACACAGAUGAAAAUAACAUUACCAAAACAUCCUUUCUUGCAUCUAAAAGCAGAGUUGCACCCCUUAAAAAACUAACGAUUCCUAGACUCGAACUGAUUGCCGCCCUGAUAGGAGCUCGUUUAAUUUCCCAUAUCAAGCCUAUUUUUAAACGAUUCCAUUCGAAAGUCAGUUAUCAUUGUUGGACCGACAGUAACAUUGCGCUUUGUUGGAUAAAAAGUUCUUCUACUAAGUGGAAACCGUUUAUUGAGAACAGAGUUCGAGAAAUCCAAUCAUUAACGGAUUCAAGCAUGUGGGAAUUUUGCCCCGGCCGGAUGAAUGUUUCGGAUAUAAUAACAAGAGUAAAGAGUAUAUCUGAAUUGAUGAAAUGUGAAGCAUGGUUUACUGGUCCCGAAUGGUUAAAAAAUGAAGAAAAUUGGCCAAAGUCAAUAUCCGUUAAUGAUUUCUGCGAUGGAGCUUUAGGAAUGGAAAUGCGAAAACAAGAAGUUUUAUUCCUAGCCACAGUCAAUGAAGAUCUAUUGGAUUUAAAACGUUACGGAAGUUACAGAAAAGUUCUACGAGUAACCGCUUACAUCAGAAGAUUUAUUUAUAAUUGUCGACAUGACGAUAAAAGAGUUGGUUCUUUAAACGCUGAUGAAAUUAAUGAAGCCGAAAAUUACUGGAUUUUGAAUGCUCAAGAACAUGCUUUCCUUUCAGAAAAAAACGCAUGA